AUCCUCAGCUCUCACCCUCUUUGGAGCAGCCCAUGGCUUGGGCUACUCGUCUUGGGGACCCGCUACUCCGCCUUGCCGGUCCGCGGCGGGCAUACCUCGGAACUGGUCCUCAGGCAGAGGGUUGUCCUCCCGGGCAGAAAGGCGACAACGGCGUCUGCGGGGUCCUUCCUGGAGGCGGGCGCAGACGUUUCCUCGGCGUGGGGCGGAAGCACGAUCUCCAGCGGCGGCCUGGGAACUCUUAGCUGAGCAGGCGAGAGAUGGAUGAUGAUGACGAUGACGAUGACAUAGGAGAUCAUGACGAUGACCACCCCGGGAUGGAGGUGGUUCUGCAUGAGGACAAGAAGUACUACCCAACAGCUGAGGAGGUGUACGGCCCUGAGGUGGAGACCAUAGUUCAAGAGGAAGACACUCAGCCUCUCACAGAACCUAUUAUUAAGCCAGUGAAAACUAAGAAAUUCACUCUGAUGGAGCAGACAUUACCUGUUACAGUGUAUGAGAUGGAUUUCUUGGCGGAUCUGAUGGAUAACUCAGAGCUCAUCAGAAAUGUGACCCUUUGUGGACAUCUGCACCAUGGCAAGACAUGUUUUGUAGAUUGUUUAAUUGAGCAGACUCACCCGGAAAUCAGAAAGCGCUAUGACCAAGAUCUGUGCUAUACUGACAUCCUCUUCACAGAGCAAGAGAGAGGUGUAGGCAUCAAAAGCACUCCUGUGACAGUGGUCUUGCCAGACACCAAAGGAAAAUCUUAUCUGUUCAAUAUCAUGGACACUCCAGGACAUGUGAAUUUCUCUGAUGAGGUCACAGCUGGCUUGCGCAUCUCAGAUGGAGUGGUCCUUUUCAUUGAUGCUGCUGAGGGGGUGAUGCUGAACACAGAGCGGCUGAUCAAGCAUGCGGUGCAGGAGAGGCUGGCGGUCACUGUGUGCAUCAACAAGAUUGACCGGCUGAUCCUGGAGCUGAAGCUGCCUCCAACUGAUGCGUAUUACAAGCUGCGCCACAUUGUGGAUGAGGUCAAUGGAUUAAUAAGCAUGUAUUCCACUGAUGAGAACCUGAUCCUUUCCCCACUCCUGGGUAACGUCUGCUUCUCCAGCUCCCAGUACAGCAUCUGCUUCACGCUGGGCUCCUUUGCCAAGAUCUACGCCGACACCUUUGGUGACAUUAAUUACCAAGAAUUUGCUAAAAGACUCUGGGGUGACAUCUACUUCAACCCUAAGACGCGAAAGUUCACCAAAAAGGCCCCAACUAGCAGCUCCCAGAGAAGUUUCGUGGAGUUUAUCUUGGAGCCUCUUUAUAAGAUCCUCGCCCAGGUUGUAGGUGACGUGGACACCAGCCUCCCACGGACCCUAGACGAGCUUGGCAUCCACCUGACGAAGGAGGAGCUGAAGCUGAACAUCCGCCCCUUGCUCAGGCUGGUCUGCAAAAAGUUCUUUGGCGAGUUCACAGGCUUUGUGGACAUGUGUGUGCAGCAUAUCCCUUCUCCAAAGGUGGGCGCCAAACCCAAGAUUGAGCACACCUACACCGGCGGUGUGGACUCCGACCUCGGCGAGGCUAUGAGUGACUGUGACCCUGAUGGCCCCCUGAUGUGCCACACUACUAAGAUGUACAGCACAGAUGAUGGAGUCCAGUUUCACGCCUUUGGCCGGGUGCUGAGUGGCACCAUUCAUGCUGGGCAGCCUGUGAAGGUACUGGGGGAGAACUACACCCUGGAGGAUGAGGAAGACUCCCAGAUAUGCACCGUGGGCCGCCUUUGGAUUUCUGUGGCCAGGUACCAUAUCGAGGUGAACCGUGUUCCUGCUGGCAACUGGGUUCUGAUUGAAGGUGUUGAUCAACCAAUUGUGAAGACAGCAACCAUAACCGAACCCCGAGGCAAUGAGGAGGCUCAGAUUUUCCGGCCCUUGAAGUUCAAUACCACAUCUGUUAUCAAGAUUGCUGUGGAGCCAGUCAACCCCUCAGAGCUGCCCAAGAUGCUUGAUGGCCUGCGCAAGGUCAACAAGAGCUAUCCAUCCCUCACCACCAAGGUGGAGGAGUCUGGUGAGCAUGUGAUCCUGGGCACCGGGGAGCUCUACCUGGACUGUGUGAUGCAUGAUUUGCGGAAGAUGUACUCGGAGAUAGACAUCAAGGUGGCUGACCCAGUUGUAACGUUUUGUGAGACGGUGGUGGAAACAUCCUCCCUCAAGUGCUUUGCUGAAACGCCAAAUAAGAAGAACAAGAUCACCAUGAUUGCUGAGCCUCUUGAGAAGGGCCUGGCAGAGGACAUAGAGAAUGAGGUGGUCCAGAUUACGUGGAACAGGAAGAAGCUGGGAGAGUUCUUCCAGACCAAGUACGAUUGGGAUCUGCUGGCUGCCCGUUCCAUCUGGGCUUUUGGCCCUGAUGCGACCGGCCCCAACAUUCUGGUGGAUGAUACUCUGCCCUCCGAGGUGGACAAGGCUCUUCUUGGCUCAGUGAAGGACAGCAUCGUUCAAGGUUUCCAGUGGGGAACCAGGGAGGGCCCCCUCUGUGAUGAAUUGAUUCGGAAUGUCAAGUUUAAGAUCCUGGAUGCAGUGGUUGCCCAGGAGCCCCUGCACCGGGGCGGGGGCCAGAUUAUCCCCACAGCCAGGAGAGUUGUCUACUCUGCCUUCCUCAUGGCUACUCCUCGUCUGAUGGAGCCUUACUACUUUGUAGAGGUCCAGGCCCCUGCAGAUUGCGUCUCUGCAGUUUAUACCGUCCUGGCCAGGCGCAGGGGGCACGUGACUCAGGAUGCACCCAUCCCAGGCUCUCCUCUGUACACCAUCAAAGCUUUUAUCCCAGCCAUCGACUCUUUUGGCUUUGAGACUGAUCUCCGGACUCACACCCAGGGACAAGCCUUUUCUCUGUCUGUCUUCCACCACUGGCAGAUUGUGCCUGGUGAUCCUCUGGACAAGAGCAUUGUCAUCCGCCCCCUGGAGCCACAGCCAGCUCCUCACCUGGCCCGGGAAUUCAUGAUCAAAACCCGCCGUAGGAAGGGCCUCAGUGAAGAUGUCAGCAUCAGCAAAUUCUUCGAUGAUCCUAUGUUGCUGGAACUUGCCAAACAGGAUGUUGUACUCAAUUACCCCAUGUGAGUGCAUGGACUCCUGGGAGGUUUUGCUCCCUACAGUGGGCUGCAACUCCUGUACUUGAAGCUGAGACCUCGUAUGACGUGGCCUUCGUGUUGUCAGAGUCUGGAAGCUGCUGUUGCCAUCUUGAACAACUCACCAACCUCCAACCCAGAGCCCCCGUGAGAGAGGAGCAUUUGGCCUCCUGCUUCCUUCUGUGGCCUCUGCCAGGCUCCAUUCCCAAGGAAAAGAGAGGAGCUUGGGCUCACAGAAAGAGAAGGGGAUGAAACCCCAAGGGGCACUAUCUUUGGGAUUUACAUGGGAUUUUAUUUUCUACAAGUUUGACCUUAGCCAUGGUUUGCAAGUGAACAGAACAUUCUGACCUCUGUCUUGCUCUGCUCCUUUCAUCCUCGUCUCCCCUGCCCCGUCUGGUGCUUACACUGUGAAUAUAUGUCAUCUCCCAA